GCUAAAAUGAGAAUCAAAUUUAAAUAUUCAUAUAGGGCUUAUCAGUGCAAGAUAGGAUUGUCUGAUUGUCUUGUCCAUUUAUUUAUUAUCACGAAACGUGUAACUACACUCUGAUAUAUAUCUGUGUGAUAGGAUAUAGUAUAUAGAUACUAUAGAUAGAUAGAUAUAUCGUUUGUAGAAGAAAUCUUUUGCGUCUAAGGUUUUCGUAUUAAAUCAUGUCUAAGCCACAUGUUUGCAAGAGUCUUUAGUCCCCCGCGCGUCGAAGAUAACCGAUCUUGUUAUUAUUUUGUUUAUUUGUUUUUUUUUUUUCAUCUCCGCGAGCUACACAGAUCUCUGCUCGACCUGAAAUGUCUAGUAUAGUAUAGCUUGCAGUUAUCAGCUACUAAGAUUAGAAGAACUGAGAUUCAGUCGAGCGAGAGCAGCGAGCACUGCCGGCAAUAAAAUCUGGUCCGUAUAAUAAUUUGUUACAUAAUUUACUCAGCGACAUGGAGCUGGUUUGUGUCGAGGACUUUGAGCGCAAGGCUAGCAGCCAGCUGGAGAAGAAUGCAUUGGAUUAUUACAGAAGCGGGGCAGGCGAACAGUUUACGCUUGGACUAAAUCGCGAGGCAUUUAAAAGAUUGCGCCUGCGUCCACGUUUUCUACGCGACGUCUCACAGCUAGAUCUGGGCUGUAUGAUCUUUGGACAGCAGCUCAAAUGGCCGCUGGGCAUUGCCCCAACCGCGAUGCAAAAGAUGGCGCACCCGGAUGGUGAAAUCGGCAAUGCACGGGCCGCGGGCAAAGCUGGUUCCAUAUUCAUUUUGAGCACACUUUCCACCACAUCGCUGGAGGACUUGUCGGCCGGGGCGCCGGACACCUGCAAAUGGUUCCAGCUCUAUAUCUACAAAGAUCGCUCACUUACCGAGAAGCUAGUUCGGCGCGCCGAAAGGGCCAAUUUCAAGGCUUUGGUUCUGACUGUUGAUGCUCCUGUAUUUGGGCAUCGGCGCUCCGAUGUGCGCAACAAAUUCAGUCUGCCGCAGCAUCUGAGCCUGGCCAACUUUCGGGGCGAGCAGGCGAACGGUGUGGUCACAAUGGGUGGCUCCGGCAUUAACGAGUACGUGGCCAGCCAAUUCGAUGCCAGCAUCACCUGGGAGGACAUCAACUGGCUGAAGCAGCUGACCCACCUGCCCAUCAUUGCCAAGGGCGUGCUGACCGCAGAAGAUGCCGUUUUGGCUCGUGAAUUUGGCUGCGCUGGGGUGAUUGUCUCCAAUCAUGGCGCCCGCCAAAUUGACACGGUGCCAGCCUCAAUUGAGGCGCUUCCCGAGGUGGUGAAAGCUGUCGGCAACGAUCUGGUUGUCAUGCUAGACGGCGGCAUUAUGCAGGGAAAUGACAUUUUCAAGGCAUUGGCCCUGGGUGCCAAAACCGUUUUUAUUGGCCGCCCGGCAGUCUACGGUCUGGCCUAUAAUGGACAACGCGGCGUCGAACAAUUGCUGACUGUAUUAAGAAACGAUUUUGAAAUCACGAUGAAAUUGACCGGUUGCCAAUCACUGGGCGACAUUCAGUCGGGCAUGGUGGUGCACGAGUCCUUCUAUUCAAAACUAUAAUAUAUCUUUCAAUACGAUUAAUAUUGAAGUAAACUUACACUUACACUUGCCAUAAGAUCUAAAUUAAUAAUAAUAUGCUGUCGUUUUGCUGCGCACUAAGAAA